AUGGCUCGUGUCACGGCUCACGCUGCGCCCGCGAUAUGGACGGCUCUGGUCUUGCACAUUUGGACGGCUUUGGCCUGGCAGGAGGCUGCCAAAGAUCUUCCAGUCCCCUCGCCUGCGCAGCUGCGCUAUCAGUCAACGGACUUUGCCGUUUUGAUUAGUUUCAACAUGGGGACCUUUGCUCACAAUGGCGAUCCCUGCUGUGACCAGAGCAACUGGAACGUGAAGGCGCCCUAUGCGGCGGGAAAGACCAGGGACCCGGCAACUUUCAACCCCACCAAAUUGAAUACGACACAGUGGAUGGAGAGCAUCCAGGCUCUAGGGGCGAACAUCGCUGUUUUAACAGCCAAGCACGGCUGCGGCUUCGCGCUUUGGCCAAGCCACGCGACUCUGCCGGAUGGAAGCCUCUACGGGUACAAUGUGGGGAUGCCUGGGGCCAAGGUGCAAGUGGAUGUGCUGAAGAGUUUCGUUGAUGCAGCCAAGAGGGCUGGAAUUGGCUACGGAUUCUACUACUCCAUCGCCAAGAACUUCUACCUUUGCCGCAACUUUUAUGGCGGAAACUCCUGCACGAAAGAAGUUCUUCCCGGCCAGAAGAAUCUGACCGAAGAGGAGUACAGGCAUGUUGCCCGACAGCAAGUCAUUGAGCUCUGGACCAAGUAUGGCUCGCUGGCGCGCAUUUGGGUGGACAGUGCCCUAGAUGGCAUGGGGGAUUUGAUGGAUGAGCUACAACCUCAGGCUGCCGGCACACUGUCAAACCCUGUGGACUGGUGUGGAACUGAAUCUGGACACCCAUCGCAAGAUGUGGGGCCGCAGGAUGUUUGGAGCAUUGGCACUGGCACUCAUGGCGAUUUGAACUCGAGUCUUUGGGUGCCGAAAUUCUGUGAUCCACAGCUCUUCCGACAGCAUGUUUGGUUCUGGGAGCCACGGUUACAGGUUCGAAAUCUCUCAGAAAUGAUCUCCAUCUACCACGACAUCGUGGGGCGCGGCAUGACCAUGGAGCUGGACGUGGCGGUGGAUCGCACAGGGCGAAUCCCCCAGAGCCAUGUGGAGGUCUAUCACCAGCUUGGCAAUUGGGUCCGAGAAUGCUACGGAUCGCCCUUGGUGAUGACUGCUGGCUAUGGGACGAACUUCACACUGCGAUUGAAUGCAGGGCAGCACUUUGAUCGAGUUCAGCUGCAGGAGGACAUCGUCACUGGCCAGCGGGUGAGAAACUACACUGUGAGCUUCACAGGGGCUGGACACCAUUGGAUCACUGUGAGGGCUUCCGCCAUUGGCCGAAAACGCAUUCAUAUGUUGCCCUUCAUCAUCCAGGUCACUCAGCCGUCCUUCUUGGAGCUCCGGAUCGAGCACGCUACCGCCGAGCCGCAGAUCAAACAGUUCGCCGCCUUCGCGCCCUGCGCCAAGCAGGGCCCGGAGCAGCCGUUGAAUUCGGUGGAAUCCUUCACCCCGCCUGGCCUUGCGCCACCCAGCCCGCCGUAUCUUGGGACGAUGUCGCCACCCUUUGGGCCGGCCUUUGGCACGCCGCGGGAGCGGCAGGCAGCUGCGGCGAAUGGCAAUUGGCAGGUCAUGCCGGCCAUGGCUGAGCGAAGAGGGUGGCCUGCAGCCGUUGCCUUGCAAGGACUUCUUUACGUUUGUGGCGGAAGGGAUGAGCAACGGGAGCCUUUAAGCAGUGUGGAGAGAUUGAACAACUUCCCGCAUGUUUGGCUCCCGCUAUCUCCUUUGUCGGGCCAGCGUGCAGGUGCAUCCGCGGCUGCUUGCGGAGGGAGGCUCUAUGUUUGUGGUGGCGCCUUUGGCGCGCAGAUGUUGAAUUCGGUCGAGCGCUUCGACCCAAAGGUUGGAACUUGGGAGACCUUGCCUCCAAUGUCGGCACGUCGUGCCUACGUGGCCGCGGCCACUAUUGCCGGCACCAUCCACGUCUUCGGCGGGAGCGAUGGUGGCCAGUGCUUGCUCUCCUCGGAACGCUUUGAUCCGGUCGCCAAUACCUGGUCCCAACUGCCGGACAUGACCGAAAGGAGAUCCGGCGCUGCCUCGGUGGCCCUCAUGAUCUGA